AUGCCCGCCCUAUCCCUCAAGGACUCGCUGCUCCCCCAGCCCCCCUCGUUUCAGAAGAAAAAAGCGUAUGAAAUCCACAAGGUCCUCGGAGAAGGCGCCUUUGGAAAAGUCAUGCGCGCGACCUGGCAUGUCCCCCCUGACUCUGUAGAAAUCGCCCGACACGGCGCCGCCGCCGCCGACUCUCCUUCUCCAUCUGCCAUCUCCCACCGCACUCCCCCCACUUCGUCCCCCUCUCAUUCUCACACUCAUUCCCCACUAACCUCCAGUUCAUCCCGCCCGACGCCCUCGCGCUCCAGUACCACCUCCAGUCUCAACUAUCUCUCCGCCAAAGGUCAGACCGCUUCCCACUUUCUCCACCCCAACGGUGCGAAAAAGGACAAACACGACCCCUCGGGCCUCACCGUCGACGUCGCCCUCAAGGUCAUCCCAAAGAAGAAGGUCAAGGGCAAUGAGGAAAGCGUAUGGAGCGAGAUGGACGUCCUCAAGGGCCUUGACCACCCCAACAUCGUUAAAUUCUACGAGUGGUUCGAGUCGCGUUCAAAAUACUAUCUCGCGUUCGAGCUCGCCGUUGGCGGAGAACUUUUCGAGCGCAUCACUCAGCGCGGAAAGUUCACAGAACUCGACGCAGUCGCUGUGCUCAAAUCCAUACUCUCUGGCGUCAAGUACCUGCAUGCCCACGACAUCGUCCAUCGGGACCUCAAGCCAGAAAACAUCUUAUAUCGGACAAAAGACUCGCAUUCAGACAUCGUCAUCGUCGACUUUGGCAUCGCGAAACACCUGCACAAUCACGACGAGCAGCUCCGCUCCCUUGCAGGCAGCUUGGGGUAUACUGCCCCCGAGGUGCUCAACGGCACCGGGCACGGUACAGCUGUCGACAUUUGGUCCGCAGGGAUCAUCACAUACGUCCUCCUGUGCGGGUACUCACCCUUCCGUUCGGACGACAACGCGGAGCUGAUCCGCGAGACGACCGAGGCCCAGGUCGAGUUUCAUGAACGCUACUGGGCGAACAUCUCUGCCGAAGCUAAGGAUUUCAUCAGGUCACUUCUGAACCCCGACCCUGCCAAGCGGCCUACGGCCCAAGAGGCGCUACACCACCGCUGGCUCACGACGCAUGCGCCAUCGACCGAACACGACCUCUGUGGGCUGCGCGAGCAGUUCAACCCCAGAGCGCGCUGGAAGGCCGCCAUCACAGGCACAAUUGCUCUCAAUCGCCUCGGCUCGUUCGCGUCGCGCAGCAGCGGCGGCUGGAAAAAUGGCAGCCCCGCCGGAGUCGAUAGCGACGAUGACGAGCUUGCGGAGGAGCACCACGCCGGCGCCGCCACAGAAGAGAAAGAUAGCACCGCGCCCGAAAAUGCACACGCGACCCCACCCGUGCACAGCGCGGGUGGCCCGAAUGGGACAAAUGCAGAUAUACACGCUACGCCUGUCGCGCGUCCGAGCUCGGGCCAUGCGCUGCGCCACGAGCAGGAGGAGUCUGCGCAGCCCCCGCUGCACGCAGAGGUCCCACUGGAGCUGCACGCCACGCGCGCACACGCGUCGUCCGUGGCCUCGGCGUCCGCACCUGAGACUGCCUCUGCGGCAGGACCGAUCGUGGGGACGACAUCCGACCGCGAGCACGACCACGCUGCGCCGUCGGUCCCGCGCCGCUCGGCCGACUCGGGCUCGGCCGCAGGGCGGCCGUCGCUCGAGAACGGCGACGAGGAGCUCGAGAUGCCGGGCUCGUUCACGGGCUCGCGGGCGGCGCGGCGGCACCGCAAGCACGGGCACCAUGGACACCGGCUGAGCCUGCACCACCGACACAGCCAUGCACACCAGUCUCACGCGGACGAGGGGCAGAAUGGUGCGGGGCAGCAGCAGCAGGCCGGGGAGGGCGCGCUGGCGGGGCUGUUGCGCCGGAUGCGGCUGCGGUAG